AUGUCAGCUAACGACUUUUCUGCAUCUCUCAUGUUGGCAGGGAUGGACUACAUUGCCCCAUCGGAGGCCUGUACACUCCCAACAACUUUACAGCAAAGCAGUGAUGGUAGUGUUCGUCGAUACAACUCUGCUAAUGAGGCGGUAAAGAUAACUCUUCAAGAUUGUUUGGCAUGUAGUGGAUGCGUAACGACGGCAGAAGCUAUUCUUGUGAGUUCACAAAGCCGCGAGGAAAUUCUAAAGGUUCGUAACACUGAUAUUACUCGACCUUUUUUAGUUUCUAUUAGCGAUCAAUCAGCUUCGUCUAUUGCUGCUUAUUUGAAUAUUGAAACCCAUAGAGUUUUUCACAUUUUAAGUGGUUUCUUUCGUACUAUCUUAAAGGUACAAUAUGUCAUUGAUCUUCAUUGGGCACAAUUCAUCUCAGUUGAAAAGACGGCUGAGGAAUAUUGUCGUCGAAUGCGAGAAGAAAGAGAUAGACUUCCUAUGAUAGUUUCUGCAUGCCCUGGAUGGGUUUGCUACUGUGAGAAACAAGGGGCUGCAAUCCUCCCAUUACUGUGUUCCGUAAUGUCCCCACAGGGUAUUGCGGGAAGUUAUGCAAAGAGACUUCACCCACAAUUAUGCCAUAUCUCUGUUCAACCUUGUUUUGACAGAAAAUUAGAGGCGGCACGAGAUGCCUCUUCUGAGAAUGGUGAACGUUAUACUGAUUUCGUACUGAGUACACAAGAAGUUCUUGAUUGGAUGUUGGAAAUAGAUAGUUCGCUGCCAUGGAAUGAACCGUUGGACUCGAAUUUUGACCCUCCUACUAUGCUACCAUUGCAGGAGUCAGAUCGAAGAAUGGCAGCCGCUAUGGAGGGAAGUGGUGGAUAUCAUCGUUUCGCAAUGCGAUAUGCCGCACGUGAGCUUCACCACACUGAACUCGUACCUGAUAAUAUUCACUACGAGAUGAAGAGGAACUCUAAUCAUCAACUAGCUACAAGUUCUUGUAACUCUGGUGAAGUUUACUGCAUCGCAUACGGGUUUCAAAAUAUACAGAAUAUUGUACGUGGAAUGAAGCGUAAGUUGGCUUCUGUUGCAUCAUACACAUUUAUUGAACUGAUGGCAUGUCCUGACGGUUGUCUUAAUGGUGGUGGUCAAGUAAGACACAAGAAUGUGGUUUCCACUACAGAAACGAUUGCUAGGGUGAGAGAUGCUUUUGGAAAUUAUUUGUUUUCCCAAAUUCAGGAAAAGAAGUUUGACACAAAUUCGGAGGAAGUACAUGACAUACAUCAUACUAACGAAGAAGAUAAGGAUCAACUUUGUUUUUCUUUGACUGCCUUUAAAGAAGUGGAGAAAAACAUUGGUCCAUCGCUAUGGAACUGUGUUUUUCAUGACCGCCAGAAGGAGUUUGAGGCGACAUUAAAUAAUGGUGGUGUUCACAGCCUCAAAUGGUGA